AUGAAGGAAGAUGAAAAUCAAGAUGCAAAUAAGAAACAAAAAACUGAUUCUAAAAAUAAAGAAGAUCUUCUUAGAUAUGUUGAAAAUCAAGAACUAUCCUCAAAAAGACAAGAACAAUUGAAAAAUGGCAUGUGCCUUGCGGGUUUUGAAAUUUCAAGUUCUAAAACACUUGCAGGAAGAAUUUUUAAUAAUCAAUUAAUCAAAGUAGAAGCAAAAAUAGAAAAUGAAUUGCAAACCAAAAGUAAUAUUACUCUUGCUUUUGGUAACAGUGAAAACUCUUGCCGACAACUUUUAGGACAAUUUGUAUCUUACAAAGAAAAUGAACCACCUUUUAAUGAUCCAUUUGAAUCUGAUUAUCAAAUACCGCAAACAUGGUGA